ACGCGUAAAGUGCAAUGACGAAUUUAACCCCUUUUAAGAGUACCGACGGCGACAACAAACUUGUCUCUCCUCCGUCUUCCUUUCCUAGAGUGAUAGAGAAAGCAAUGGCCGACGAAGAAGAUGAGUUACCGGAGACGGAAUUAAGUUACGACCAGAAGAAGGAAAUCGCAAAAUGGUUUCUCCUCAACGCCCCCGCCGGCGAAAUCAAUUACGUCGCCAAAGAUUUAAAGGCGGUUUUGAGAGAUGAGGAAGUCUACAGCGAGGCAGCCAUGGAGGCAUUUCCAGUGUACAACAAGUCUCACUUGAUUUGCCUCGAAAUGCCCAGUAGGGCUGGUGAUGUGAUUGUUUCAUCUUACAGUGAAAUUACUGUCAAUGAGUACCUCGAUCCAAGAACUGCCCAGGUUGCCAUAGUUGAUCAUGUUAAACAGAUUUGUACAAAAGUACGGCCUGCAAAUGAUGAAGAACUUCCGUCUUCGUAUAUUGAGGAAUACAGAUAUGCUCUUGAUGCUGAAGUCCAGAGAUACGUUAGUGAAGCUUACCCAAAGGGUGUGUCUGCAGUUAACUGUGUAAAGGGGAAAGAUGCCGAUGGUCCAGGGACUGACUUUGAGCUUGUCGUUAUAAUUUCUGCCACGAAACUUAGUCCCCAAAACUUCUGUAAUGGAAGUUGGAGAUCUGUAUGGAAUAUCGAUUUCCAGGAUGAAUCCCAGGUGCUUGACAUAAAAGGGAAAUUGCAGGUAGGAGCUCAUUAUUUUGAAGAGGGAAAUGUGGAAUUAGACGCAAAAAAUGAGUUCCAUGAUUCGACAAUAUUUCAGUCCGCGGAUGAUUGCGCGAUUGCCAUUGCCAAUAUUAUCCGGCACCAUGAGACCGAAUAUCUUGCAGCUCUAGAGGUAGCGUAUUCGAAGUUGCCCGACAACACUUUCAAGGAUCUGAGGAGGAAACUUCCGGUUACGCGAACUCUUUUCCCAUGGCAAAACACCUUGCAGUUCAGCUUAACCAGAGAGGUCGAGAAAGAGCUUGGACUUGGCAAGUGAUGAUCAUCAAUUCCAGUUUUUAAAAGUCUAAUUAUCUUCUCCAUUUGUUGUGAAGUUGCUGUUAUUUAAUCUCGAUGCAAGUGAAGGAGAAAAAUAUAAUCGAUAUCAUUUGUUUAUGUUGUAUCGUAUCUUCGUUCCUCCUGGCUUUUCCGGAGAAUUAGUGUCCAAACGGCUCAUCCUUUA